GACUGGGUAUUCCUGACAAGGUUCUGCUUUCUCUCCGAUUAUGGCCGGCUGGACUUCAGGUUCAAAUAUCCUGAGGCCAAAUGCUGUGAGAACAUCCUGCUCUACUUCGAUGACCCUUCCCAAUGGCCAGCAGUAUACAAGGCCCAAGACAAGGACUGCUUGGCCAAAGAGGCGGUGAUUCGGCCCGAGAACAACCAGGUGAUCAACCUAACCACCCAGUACCCCUGGUCAGGCUGUCAGGUGGUGUCUGAGGGGGGUGUCCGCUACUUGAGCUGCUCCAGUGGCCGAAGCUUCCGUUCUGUGCGGGAGAGAUGGUGGUACAUCGCCCUCAGCAAGUGUGGGGGGGAUGGGCUGCAGCUGGAGUACGAGAUGGUGCUGACCAAUGGCAAGUCCUUCUGGACCCGCCACUUCUCUGCUGAUGAAUUCGGGAUCCUGGAGACGGAUGUGACCUUCCUCCUCAUCUUCACCCUCAUCUUCCUCCUCUCCUGUUACUUCGGUUACUUGCUGAAGGGCCGACAGCUGCUUCACACAACCUACAAGAUGUUCAUGGCGGCAGCAGGAGUGGAAGUCCUCAGCCUCCUGUUUUUCUGCAUCUACUGGGGUCAGUACGCCAGCAACGGCAUUGGCAACGAGAGCCUGAAGAUCGUGGCCAAACUACUGUUUUCCGUCAGUUUCCUCAUCUUCUUACUGAUGCUGAUCCUGCUGGGAAAAGGCUUCACUGUGACACGGGGCAGGAUCAGCCAUUCAGGUUCAGUGAAGCUCUCCGUCUACAUGACACUCUACACGCUCACACACGUGGUUCUCCUUAUCUAUGAGGCCGAGUUCUUUGACCCAGGGCAGGUGCUCUACACCUACGAGUCUCCAGCGGGUUACGGGCUCAUCGGCCUCCAGGUGGCCGCCUAUGUGUGGUUCUGCUAUGCGGUGCUGGUCUCCCUGAGGCACUUCCCCGAGAAGCAGCCAUUCUAUGGGCCCUUCUUUGCUGCCUACACACUCUGGUUCUUUGCUGUCCCGGUCAUGGCCCUCAUCGCCAACUUUGGCAUCCCCAAGUGGGCUCGGGAGAAGAUCGUCAACGGCAUUCAGCUGGGCAUCCACCUCUAUGCCCACGGGGUGUUCCUG